ACCCAUUAUUUUAAACACAAUUCCAAAAACCCUCGUUACAUUACAAGAAAAAGAAAAAUGAUUCGGAGUGAUCAGAAUGACAGUCAUCUUCCCCUCCAUACCGCAGAAAAAAAAUCAGAUUCGACCCCUCACCUCAUCGACAUCAAAAUCGAACAACAAGAAGACACCACCCAUAUCGAGAACCUGACCAAGAAGACUAAGGAUCUUGAACUCUGUGUCCCCAUUGCCUAUGGGACUAUCUCAUUUUGGCUUGGAAAAAAGGCCACUGAAACUCAAUCGCAUGUGUGGAUGGUUUACGUGCGUGGGGCAACAAAUGAAGACUUGGGUGUGGUCAUCAAGAAGGUUGUAUUUCAAUUGCAUCCAAGUUUCAAUAACGCAAGGCGAGUGGUGGAGUCACCUCCUUUCGAGUUGACAGAACGUGGAUGGGGUGAAUUUGAAAUUGCAAUCUCAAUAUUCUUUCAUGAUGAUGUCUGUGAUAAACAAUUAGACUUGUUUCAUCAUCUGAAGCUAUACUCUGAAGUGGAGCAUGGUCCUUUGACGACUAAGAAACCUGUGAUUGUUGAAUCUUAUGAUGAGAUUGUUUUUCCAGACCCUUCAGAGAAGCUUCUUGCUCGUGUGUGUAAUCACCCAUCUGUAAUUGUGCCAAGGCUUCCAGUGACAAUGAACUUGCCUCAUGCACCAAUAGAAGACGCACAUGAGAAAAAGAGAGGUGACACCAAAGAGCAUCCACUUGGUCAAUGGUUCACAAAAUUUUCUGAGGCAGAUGAGCUAUUAAAACUGGCAGAGGCCCGUCACCAGGUGCAAACUCAUAUUGCGAAUUUAAAAAGGCGGCUGAGUAUGCUAGAUGGCCCCUCAACACAAAAGCCAACCCCAGUUAGCACACCUUAUGCUUAAAGCCUUAAAGUAGUGUUUUCUUUUGCUUUUAGCUUAAUUAUUAGCUACAAUUAGGUAAACCAUCAUCUACUCCUACAUUGUCAUGCACAUCAACUGGUUUAUGCAUGCCCUUCUUGUACAUGUUGCUCAUUGUUAAAAGGUGUAGGUUUGAUUCGUACUUUUAAGUCCUUCGGCUAUUAAAGAUCGUUUUCAAAAAAAUUUGUCCUUGAAUGUCCUUUGUGACACAGGCAUGUGAAAGUAGCUGAAAGCCAUGUUACUCUUGCUUUAUAUCAGUUUCAAUAGGAGAUAGACUUCAUUA